CCUUUUGCCUCAAAACCCUAAUUUCGAAACUCUCUCCUCAAGCUUUGAUUACUUGCGCAACAAUGGCGAAAUCAAUGAGAUGCAAGAGAGUGAAGAGAUUGAGAGCAAUAAGAAGAGAAAUUGUGGAGAAGGAAUCAUUCACUCUAACGAGAGAAGACGCCAAAUCCGCCGCUAUUGAAGCCGCACUCGCUGCUCCGAAGUUACCAGUUCGUCUACCUCCAGUUUCUCCAUUUAUGGAAGUUGCGACGCCGUCCUCUGAGUCUGCAUCUGCCUCCACUACAAUCGCCAACGAUAUGGAUGUGGAAAUGGAUGAUGAGAAGAAAACCAAGUCUCUUAAACCUAUCGGGAAGAAGCUGAAGAAAAAAUUUAAGCUGGGGAUGAAGAAUCGUCGCAGUAAGGGUGUCCUUCGAGGCAAACGAAACUAAACCGGUCUUGGCUUUCUACUGGUUUGUUUCAACUUGCAUGAUUGUGUUCUCUUUAAAUUCUCAGGUUCUUGAAUGUCUUAGAGUAUAUCUUCUUUUGCAGUAUGUUUUUUCCAUGAGCUUCAAUACUAUAGAAAGUCUUAAAAACGUGAUUGGAACCUAAGACGUUGGAUUAUGCCUCUUGUCUUUCAUUUUCUUGCACCAAAAGUUAUCAUCUCAGCUAUUUACUUGAUUGAUAGUUAACAUUUAGGAUUCUAUUAAAAUCAUGAACCUUUG